UGAGAGUUUCUUAAGUGUGGGAAUUCCUGAACUGUGGGAUCUGUUGAGUAAUCUCCCGUCCUGCUGAUUAUAUGACCCUGAAUGUUUGAGAGCUGGACCAAACAAGAAGGCCGACCUCUGAGGAGCGCAUCAUGAAGCUGAAUUUGGCUGCAAGACUGUCAUCUUUGGCAUUGUUGUCCGUCCUUCUGUCUUCAGCUAGCUGUCAGCAGCCUCUAAACUGCAGAUGGGGGCCUUAUGGAGAUUGGUCUGUGUGUGACGGCUGCUCCAGAACAAAGGUGCGAACUCGCCAUGUAGAGGUGUACGCCCAGUUUGGGGGUGUGCCAUGUCCAGGAGAAGCCACAGAAACACAUCCGUGUGUCCCGCUGAAAGGAUGUCCCCUGGAAACAGGCUGUGGAGACAGGUUCCGCUGUACCGCUGGUCAGUGUAUCAGCAGGUCUCUGGUGUGUAAUGGAGAUCAGGACUGUGAGGAUGGUCUGGAUGAGAGAAACUGUGAUGAGGACAGAAGCCACUACUCAUGUGACAUCGACAAAACACCUCCCAACUCUGACUUCACUGGCAGAGGGUACGAUGUGCUGACGGGUAAACUGAGAGCAGGUGUGAUCAACACUCUGAGCUUCGGGGGGCAGUGCAGGAAGGUUUUCAGUGGAGACCAUAAAGUCUUUUAUAGACUUCCUCAGAACAUCCUCAGGUACAACUUUGAGGUGACAGUUGAAAAUGAAGAGAGCGAUGAGUCCUAUGAAAGCUCCUGGUCUUACAUGCAGCACAUCACGGCCAACGCUUUGUUUGGACACGACCGUCGCACUUUCCACAAGCAGCUCACUGACAACAAGGCUCACAGACUUUUAAUCCUGAAGAAUAAAGUGGAGCUGGCCCAGUUUCAGAACUCGGCCCCCGAGUAUCUCACUCUGGCUGAAGGCUUCUGGAAGGCUGUAUCCUCGCUGCCUCACACAUACGACUACUCAGCCUACCGGCAGCUGCUGCAAAUGUACGGCACACAUUACCUUUCAGAGGGCUCGCUGGGAGGGGACUAUCAGGCUCUGUUGGAGCUGGACCGUCAGGCACUUGAAUCAACCAGUACAACAAAUAUAGACUACCAGAGGUGUUGGAGAAAAGUGAAACGCCGUUUCUUCAGGAAGAAAGUCAAAACUGUCUGUGAAAAACUGACCAAAGCCUUUGCAUCCAGCCACGGACACAGCAACAACAAAAUGCCCAUUAAGGUCAACGUGUUUGGAGGAGAUCCAUCCCUCAUCGCUGCUCUGAGUCUUCUGGAUCUGGAGAACCCAGAAGCUAAUGGAGAGAUCUACGACAACUGGGCGUCGUCUGUCAAAGACUUCCCUGGAGUCGUAGACCAGAAGCUGCGCCCUCUGUACGAGCUGGUGAAGGAGGUGCAGUGUGCAGGUUUAAAGAAGCUCCAUCUGAAAAGAGCCACAGAGGAGUACCUGACGGAGGAGCAUCCCUGUCACUGCAGGCCCUGCCAGAACAACGGGCAGCCUCUGCUGACCGGCACAGAGUGUCGCUGCGUCUGCCGGCCGGGAACGUCAGGACAAGCGUGUGAGGGGGGAGCUGUGAUCGGAGAACAACCAGGGGUUAUCCAUGGCAGCUGGAGCUGCUGGUCCUCCUGGGGAUCCUGCUCUGGAGGUCAGAGGUCAAGGACCAGAAGUUGCAACAACCCCUCCCCCAGCAGAGGAGGUCACCACUGCUCCGGACUGCAGGCAGAGCAGAAGCCUUGUGAGGACGGAGAAAUCGAGUACUUAAAGGUGAUGGAGCCGCAGUGCUUUAGUCUCUCGGUGCCUCCUCCAAAGAUAUGUGGGCCGCCUCCAAACCUCAGGAAUGGAUUUAUUCAGAAUCCCAGAGAUUUUUACCUGGUUGGGAACACAGUGGCGUACUCCUGCAUAGACGAUCAUUACCUCAGUGGAGACGCUGUAGCUGAAUGCACUGAAAACCAGAAAUGGAGAACAGGAGAGAUGGUUUGUAAAAGUUCAACAUGUGAGAUUCCAACACUCAACAGGGAAGUUUUGACCACACCCACCAAAGCAGCCUAUCAGAUUGGAGACAGAGUGUCCCUGUCCUGUCCUGCAGGAUCACUGCUGGAAGGAGAGGUGUCAGAGAUCAUGUGCAGUCCCAGUCUGCUGUGGUCUCCCUCUCCAGCUGACGUGCUUUGUAAAGCUGUCCCCACAGCUCCCCCUCCUGCAUCUGGCCUGAAGUGUAAACUGUGGGAGACAGUAGGAGAAAAUGAGUGUGUGUGCAAAAUGCCAUUUCAGUGCACGACUUCCCUGCAGUUGUGUGCCAGACUCAGCUCAAGUCAAACCCGUCUGCUCGGUGUGUGUCAGCUGGGAGCUCUGCAGUGUAUGGGGCGGAGCUUCACGCUGGUCAGUGACAGCGAAUGUAACUGGCCAGAGGAGACGUCCUGCACGGACUGCAAACCAGGGACAGUCUGUCAGGAAUCAACCGGAAAGUGUGUGUGCCUGAACGCCUCAGAGUGCCCCAAAGACUCUGCACCCCUGUGCAUCAGCUCAGGUGAUGGGAGCGCUGCCAUGACGAUAACCGAAUGCGAGGCGGGAGCCAGAAGGUGUUCUGGGGAGCGGCUCAAUGUCAUCAGUAUUGAGGCUUGUCCAGAAUAAAGAUGCCUCUCUCUUCUUCCCUCACAUUGUACAUAAAGCUGGAACUUUACUCUUCUCAAUAACCGGACUGUAAAUAACAAACAAUAUUUUUUCCGACACUUGAAUUGUGUGACUAUGUUUCGCUCCUGUCCUUUAGUUUAUUCUUUAUUUAUCAUAGAUGAUUGAAGCCAUUUGAAUUUAAUAUAUUGUAAACGUGCUGUAGGUAAAAUUUUAACCAGUAAGCAAAAUGAGCAGAACUAAUUGAAUAAAAUAUAACCAAGA